UUCCGACCGCUGGUCAAGGGGAACGAAGACUCUGGGAACGAGAUUGGGUGAGUGCCAAUCUCGUUCCUCGAGUCUUCGAUUCGUUACUUACUGCUCAAGUUUGACUAAACGAGUGACUCUUGUGAGUUCCGUUACCGGCUCCAUUGUGACUGGUUUUAAAACGAUGAAAAUGGCGGAAGUCCAAUAUUUUUGGACAUCCAAAUCCUUCCAAGCGGAACUUUCUAAGGUCGCUCGUUUGCCAACCGCUGGUCAAGGGGAAUGAAGAUUCUGGGUACGAACCCCAGGUUGUACCUAACUGAAACGUUAGGGUGGAGAGACCUCGUCAAACAAAUUGCCAAUACGCAUUAGGACUCGUUUUGAAAAAGAGCCAAAAAGCAACACGGAAAUAGCUUAUUACGGUGGUUUGAAAGUUUGACUAUUUCAAGGGAUCUGUAAGCUGGACAGAACUGAACAACUUUUUCCCACAAAGCUUUAUUAUUUUUCAAAACCUCUAAAACCGCCAUAAAAAAUCACUCUUUCAUUAAAAUGUUCUCAUUUCUGGCAUCGAUUUUGUUCUAAAGGACCAUUGGCCUACUGAACAAUAAGAAAUUCAUAACGUCAGCUUUUUACCACUGAGACAUCUCACUGCUUAGCAACAAAUGGCACAGAAAACCCUUAAAACCAACUGGCUCAGAGUUACCGUCCUCAUUUUGGAGUCUCGUGAACGGAAAAAAUCAUAAAAUAUGGUAUAACAUAAGCAACUGUAUAUAUCUGUGAUGAGAACGUUUUCUGAAUGAUUUAUUUGCGCCAAUUUCUCUAAGGCUGAGAGACAAAUGAAAACCAGGGGGAAGAGAUUUCCUGGUCAACUUGUUGAAAUUCCAAGUGAAUUCAAGAGGCACGUGACUGGCAAGGGAGGAGAUAAUCUUCGAAAUAUCAGCACGUUGACUGGGGCACAAGUGUUUCCUCGAGGAAAUAAGCGCUACGAGCUGAGAGGAUCAGAGAUAGGAGUAAAACACGCUGAACUACUUUUGAAACGCAAAGUGGCUUCAGCGAGAGUUAAAACGGACAUCAUUUGUUGUUACAUUGACGAUAGGAAUCUGCCAGAAGGGUGUGAUCUUACGCUUGUGCCUGUUGAAGAGUUGGAGCGCAUGGUGUUACCAGGAUCACGCUCCCAGUAUCGGCUGAGACCUUCUGAGGAAUACGAACUGGCAGCCGGGAUUCAAAGCGACAUUCCUUCUUAUCAAGCUAACCUCGUGGGCCAUGUACUGGCAUGUCUACGUAAGAUUAAGCACGAAAUUGAGUCAAAGAAAUUUCAGGAAGCUGACAUGUGGUGUCACUUUGGUACAGCUAUCAUCCGCGAACCCGAUGAAGCGGAUGUUGCCGAAAUAUGGAACAUUACAGAGGCGGUUGCCAAGCUACAAAACUCUGCAUCGGGCAAGAAAAGCGAUUGGCGAAUUGCUUUCAAGGAAGGCGUUCAAAUUGACAAAAAGGUUUUACAGGAGACGUUUGGUACACAGCCAGAUGAAGAUGAUUUAUACGCGGCAAGAUAUGAUUUGUGCUUUUUAACCCCUCGAGGUAGAUCAAUGAGAUGCAAGGUGUGGGUCGCUAAAAAAGGUGUACAGAGCAAGCUGCAGGAACUUCCAAUCCCAUAUAGUGACGUUAGAAAUAUUGUAGAGGAGCUUCAUCUUGAAGACGAGUGGACGAGAUCACGAUGUCGGGCAUGGUUGGUUCUUUCAUCUCCCAAAUAUCUUCAGGCAGACAUAAUAUGUCCAGGUUGCGUGGUCGACUGUAGAAUCAUGAUAAGACCAUUAUCAACUUAUGCAACUCAUAGUAGCAAGUAUGAACAGGAGCAAACCAAGGUCUUAGCUGGUUAUCUGUCCAAGCUAACAUUUACAGAGGCUAAUGGAAUCCACCUUCCGGACGAAACCCUGCCAGAAGGUUUUCUGUUCAAUUACCAGCGCUGCUCGCGUCGAACGAUGUGUGUACCACGUGACGGGUUUACUUUGAUUGUUUCUGAAGAGAGCAUUUGGUGCCGUGACGACAGAGGAGAGCAGAACAGAGAAACAACCGAUCUCCAUCUAAGCUGUGAAGAGUGGUACCGUGCGCUCAGUGGUGAAGACUGGGAACCAGAAACGAUAGUUUCCAAACUGCCUGAAUUUCUCCAGUUUGUCCAUCAAGUUCAAGAUUUUCUGUCAUUAAGUAAUUGCAGUGUAUGAAAAUCUGCCAUUUAUGAUACCCAGUUCUUUACACUUCUUUACUACAAAGCAACCUAGAGUCACCUUAAAUUUUCGAACUUAAAGGUGGCUCCGAGCACCCUCUGUACGUUCUAUAAACUUUGUAAUCAAAGUGCUCUAUGAGCAAACCCGUCGAUUUCCCAGUGGAUGAUGAUUGACAUGUGUGGCUUACGGUUUAUUCUAGUUAUACGAAUUACGUUAUUGAACUUCUGGCUAUACUUGUUAUAGCAGCAGUCUUUUUUUUUUUUUU